AAUGCAGCCUCUGUGUCUAGGGAUUUUCUGAAUGCUUGGCACUGUCUCCUGCGCAUCCGCAAUUUCACUCCCGAAAGUUGAUAUUCCAUACCGCAGCAGUUCUCAACUGGUUUCACCCGCCAGAUUUAAUUUUGAAACCAAAGAAAACCAAAACAACAUGCGGCGACCGGAUAAGAAAGUACGUAACGAAUCUGUACGAUUUCGAGAGUUCUGACGGGACGAGCAAGAGAGAUAGAGAGAACACAACUGAUAAACAUUACGCACACAAGUGGUGAAUUUUACACCGGGACGCGGCGGAAAUUCUCGUCGAAACUCGGCGAGAAACGCACGUACCACUGAUUACGAGCGAUUUCAAUUUCUAAGAGCAUCAGCAAUCAUGCCGCCGAAAUUAGCGAGGAAGAUGCACGUCAAAUAUUUCCAGAGGUUACUGCAAAUCAUGCCCAGCGAUCUGGUAGAGUUUGACUCUACUAGAUUGAUGAUCGUAUACUUCGCGUUUUCCGGCCUGGACCUGCUGAAUUCGUUGGAUGAGAUCGGCGAGGAAGCGAAGCUACAGGCGAUUGACUGGAUCUAUGGUCUUCAGGUGCAAGGAGCCGGACCUCGAUCUGGUUUCCAGGCAUCCACGACCAUACCCAAGGACGUCGCGGAGUACCGUUGCGGUCACUUGGCGAUGACUUACACCGGCUUAGUCACUCUGUUAAUCUUGGGCGACGAUUUGAGCCGUGUCGACCGAGAAUCCAUUAUUGAAGGUCUCCGUGCCUGCCAAAACCCUGAUGGAUCCUUUACAGGCAUGGUGAUGGGCUGUGAAAGUGACAUGAGGUUCCUCUACUGUGCCUGCUGUGUCUCUGAAAUCCUGAACGACUGGUCAGGUGUUGACGUCCCAAGAGCCAUCAACUAUAUCUUGCAGAGUAUUUCAUUCGAUGGAGGUAUUGGACAAGGGCCGGGUCUCGAGUCUCACGGAGGAUCUACUUUCUGUGCUGUGGCAAGUCUAGUAUUGAUGAGAAGAUAUUCUCGAGGCAAGGGACUAUCACCAGUACAACUCACUCGUCUGAAGCGUUGGUGCCUUAUGAGACAGGAUGGCGGGUUUCAGGGCAGGCCAGGCAAACCGUCCGACACGUGUUACAGUUUUUGGGUCGGUGCUACGCUCAAUCUACUUGGCAUAAGCUGCUAUUCAGACGCCGAGCAGAAUAAAGCUUUCAUUCUCAAUACUCAAGAUGCACUAAUCGGGGGAUUCGCUAAAUUCGAGAGCACCAGACCCGAUCCUUUGCACGCGUAUUUGGGUCUGUGCGGUUUGAGUCUUCUAGGAUUCCCUGGAGUGCGUCCAAUAAAUGCCAAACUCAACAUCUCUAAGCGAGCAUACGAACAUUUAGAGCAGAUUCACAAAAAAUGGCAGGAGGCAAGUGAAUGUGGCUAGCAAGAAGUUUCCGUCUCAUAUCAAACGCACAGAGACAAAUAUAUCAGACUCAACAUUCUUUUGCAUUUGAUUGAACAUUUAUUUGUAUUUUAUCACAUUCUCUCUGUGCUAGAGUCAUAAUUCUAAAAGUGUCAAUUAACACUAUUAUAAUAAUUACGAUAUACAUUAGUAGCGCUUCGUUACACAUGAUUUGAGCUGCUUGUUGAAUCAUGUGCUUGUUACAGAUACACAUCUAUGUACAUAGAUAAAAAUAUGCAGAUAUUAAUAUAAUUAGGAAAAGAUGCGGACACAUUGCUUUAGAGCGAUGUUUCCCGAGCUACAUCUUGCAAUAAUGAAAAGAGAGUACAAUAUUCUUUUACUUUUUUAAAAAUUAUUUAAGAUAAUUUAAAAUAUAAAAGCUUUUAUUUACCGACUUUGUGAUUGUUUAUUAUUUUGUUACUGAUUGUAUAUUAUAUUCAACAACUAAUUUUUUUUAUUAUACUGUCAAAAAGUAUGAAUAAGCCAGAUGUAUAUGUAUACAUCUAUAUAGAAAGUAAAAUAGAUAUGUAUAUAAUAAUAUGUGACAACGAAAAUUUUGUAGAAUCAAUCCUUUAUAGAGAUGCAUAUUUUUUUACCGAGUUUCAUGCGAUACAAUAGUUUGGGAAGCAUUGCUUUAGAGAAAGGAUAUUAAUAAAAGUGACUUAGGCUAUUGUUUGUAA